AUGAGCUCAACGAGCAAGGAAGCUAACAAACCAAGUGCUGAAAGCUAUCUGAAUAAGCUGUACGCUGACCUUUAUCAUCUUGUCAAUUCUGUGGAAAAAGGAAGUGGCUCUGAAUUGACUGUUCGACUUAGAAACGUUGAAUCCGAUAUUGCAAAUUUCAAAGAAGCCAUAAAGACACUUCCUGAUAUCAGUGUCGGAGAAGGGAAACAAAGAGGGCAAAUAUCUGCAUUGUAUAAACAGAUUGAGAAGAAAGAUGAGCUCCUCGAAUCACUCGCAGCCUUCAGUCUCGACGCAAGGACCAAUGAGGACACAUUGAUUUGCAAAGAAUGUAAAACUGUGGUGAUUUUGAAAAAUAUGACAACGGAGUUUCUUAACGAGGAACGAGAUCUUCCUCUUCCAAGGCAGAAAAAAGGGAUAGAUCACACUCAAACCGAGCCUGUUCGUGGAUAUUUUGGUGUCAAGGACAUUUUCGCCUUCGAGAAUGUUGGGUUCACAAGGUCUUCAGAAGGGAAACGUUAUCUCGUUUGUGGCGAGUGCGAACAAGGACCUGUUGGAUUCGUUGAUACAUUAACCGAAAUGAAUUACGUUACUCCUGAAAGACUUGCUGUACAGCAGACCACCAAUUCACCUGUCGAAAACUAA